AUGUUUGAAAGUUCAGUUGAUUCAGAAUUCAAAGGACCCAUUCCACCUUUAUUAAGUAGUAGAGUUGGGUUUCAGGAAGGAGAUCUUUAACAAAAUAGCUCUUGCAGUUUAAAUUAAGCAAUACCAUUACCUUUGAUAAAGUAAAAAACUUUUGGAGUCAAGAAAUCUGAAUAUUAAUCUGCUUAUGAUAAUGAAGAAAUAUAAUAUGGAUCUAAACCUUAAUUUUUGAAAACUAUUAUUGCAAAGAGUUUAUAGAGUAACUUCAUAAACAAUCUAUGGAAUAGAUCGUAUUUGAGAAAAUUAAAUCAAUUAAGUCCAUUUUAAAUUUAAUAAUUGGACGAUCUAUAGAUUUCAAGUGAUGGAAAUGAAUAAAGUAGAGGAUCUUAAUUAUGGAUUUUAGUGGAUGUAUUUACACCAUAUAGUAAAUUUAUUGCAUUUUGGGAUGCAUUUCAAAUUAUUACAUAUUUACUUAUUUUCUUUUGGUUACCAUAUAAAAUAUCAUUUGAAAUUUAUCAUAUAAGUGAAUUAUUUUCAGAAACCAAAAGUGCAAUUAUUGAAUAUAUGCUUAUGAUAAUAAUGGCUUUGGAUAUAGGAGUUGGUAUGAAUUUAGCUUUUAUUGAAAAAGGACAAAUAAUAAAGGACAGAAAAAGAAUAAUGUUAAACUAUUUCAAUAAAAAUGCAUUUGUCGAUUUAGUAAAAUUUUAUAUAUAUUUAUGCGGUUUCCUUUUUUACUGUGACAGUCCAAUUCUUUGUACCUAGUCUUAGUUCUAAAGAUUAAACAAUGAUAUUGAUUUAAACAAUCCUAUGUGUUGUAUUUUAUAUAUUGAGGAUAACCAAAAUAAAUAAGAUUCUAGCUUAAAUUUAGGAGUAAAUUAUAUAUAUUAUAUUUAGAUUUUUUAAUCUAAGUGGGUAUCUAAAUGAUUUAGUUGGUCUAUUAAAAGUUUUAAUGGUUAUAGUUAGUGUUGUACAUAUAUGUGGAUGUAUUUGGCAUGGAAUAGCAUAUUAUAAUACUUCUUAUUCAUGGUUGGAUGCCUAUAAUUUAAGAGAUAAAUCAAAUGCAUCAUAAUAUAAUGUAGCUAUUUAUUGGGCUACUAUGACAAUGACUACAGUUGGAUAUGGAGAUAUUACAGCUAAGAAUGAUUUGGAAUUACUUAUUAACAAUUUAACUAUGUUUAUAGGAUCUAUAGUUUUUGCUUAUUCAGUUAAUAGUAUUGGAAUAUUUGUAUCGAAUAUGUACAAAGGAACUAUUGAAUAUAGUAGAACAGUUAGUUUAAUAAAUACAUAUAUGAGUAAAAAUAAGAUAUAAUUUGAAUUGUAAACUAAAAUAAGGAGUUAUUUGGAAUAUAUAUGGUAAGAGGAAUAAGAGAUGAAUGAUGAUGAAGUAGGAUCGAUUGUUAAUAAAUUAAGUAAGCAUUUAUAAGAUGAAUUAUAAUAUUAAUUAAGAGGGAAUAUUUUAAAGAAUUGUAAAAUAAUAAUGAAGUUAUUUUCUGAAUCUUUUAUUAAGAGUUUAUUACAUUAUAUGGAAGAAUAAGCAUAUUCUCCUGAAGAAAGAAUUAUUAAUGUAAAUAUUGUUAUAUUAUAUUUAAAGAUUAAUGAAUUGGAUGAUUGUUCACUUUAUAUUAUAACAAAAGGGGAAGUUGAGUUGAUAUUUGAAGGUAAUUAAAUAAAAGAAAAAGUAAAGAGGAAUACAUUUUAAAAUUACCAUUAAUUUGAUUAUUUUGGAGAAUUAGCAUUAUUUACUGGGAAUCCUAGAAAUGCUACUGCUAUUUCAAAAGGAUUCACAAGAGUAUUUAAAAUAUAAAGAGAAAAGUUUUUAAAUAUUAUCUCUUCUUAUCCAGAUGAUUAUGAAAAAUUUUGUGAAAUAAGAGAUCGUAUUUAAAAUGGAGAUUAUGGAGCAUUGUAUCUUAAUUGUUUUAGUUGUUAAAGUAAUACUCAUUUAAUUCAAAAUUGUAAUUAUUUACAUUUUUGUGCUGACAAAGAAAAGGUUAUUAAAAAAGAGUAUUAUCCUGUUCAAUAAACAAGAAAUUAAAGAUAUUCUAGAAAGUAUCUUGGUAAAUAUCAUUCAUGGAUUAAUUUCUAAGUUAAUUCAAUUCGUGGAGAAGAUUAUCAAAAUGAUGCAUAAGUUAAAUUUUAAGAUGAAGUAGAUUCACAUACUUUAUAAAUGAAUGAUGCAUAUGAAGAUGAUGAUGGAUAGAUAGAAUAAGGUAAAUUAUAAAAUGAUGAUAUUGUAGUUGAAAUUAAAUCUUUAAUAAAUGAAAAAAGUGUAUCUGGUACAAUUAUAUAAAAUAUUGAUGAUGAAGAAGGUUAAAAGCCAAUAAUUAAUUAUUAAAGAAAAUCUAAUUAACCUAAAUCAACAAUGUAAACUGCAGGAUUUGGUGGUGGUUUAACUAAAGAUUGUAAUCAUAAUCUUAUUAUAUUUAGCAUAUAAAGAAGAUUAGAUUUAUUCAGAUAACUCUUCUGAAAAUUAAGAUUAAUUUAUUGUAUCUAUUCCAAAACCAUAAAUUAAUUUAGUUCAUUAGAAUAAUCCUUAACCUUCUCUUCCUUUACCACGACCAUCACUUAAAAAGUAAUUAUCAAGAAGUGCAUCUAAUGAUGAUCACAAUAUUCACACAAAUAGAAUGUCAAUUGAUUAAAAGUUCAUAACACUUAUACCAUAAAAAUCAGAUAUGGAUCUUAAAAAUCUUACAAAUAAUGCUAGAGUAUAAAUGAAAAGAACAACUACAAAUAAUAAUUAAACAUACAUUACAGAGAAUAAUACACAAAACAAUUAACAUUUAAGUAUUCAAACUAUUGCUCCAAUGUUACCUGGCUUUGAUAAAAUGCAUAUCUUUUUAAUAUAUCAACCUUAAAAUAAUUAUGAUUUUGUUAUAAAGAGGUAAUUAAUCUACUAAUUCUAUUUUUUAGAUAUGCAAAAGUUUAAAGAUUUUUUGGUAAAAAAAGAGUAUAUCCUGAAUAUUCUCUAUAUUCAUUCUUCUUUACUGCUAUUAAAAAAGGCUGGAAAUUAAGAAGACUUGGAGAAUAAAAUAAAAAUGCUAAAAGUCCAAUUAUGAUGAGAAGUCUCAGGAAAAUUCCAAAACCUUAUUAAGGUAUUUAUAAAUAAAGAAGUAAUUUUUUCAAAGAAGUUAAUUGA